GUGAGAGCCGAUUUUUUGCUGCCUUUCCUUUCCUCCCCCAUUGUUCAUCCCCUGGAGGAGCUCCAUCCUCCGACCCUCUCCCGAUCUCGUGAUUUCUGGCCGCUCCGGCGACGCCGCCGCCGUUAAUAUCUCUGCCGUCGCUCCGAAUUUCCGGCCUUGAAGCUUGGAAUUUGCAUUCGUUUGAUUGAAAAGAAUCCGAACAGCGAUGGAAUCUAUUUUGGCCCGAGCUUUAGAAUACACCCUCAAGUAUUGGCUGAAAUCGUUCUCCAGAGAUCAGUUUAAAUUGCAGGGAAGGACCGUUCAGCUUUCCAAUUUAGAUAUUCAUGGAGACUCGGUGCAUGCAAGUAUAGGACUUCCGCCGGCGCUCAACGUCACCACCGCCAAAGUUGGGAAAUUGGAGAUUAUACUUCCACCUGUAAGCAAUGUUCAGUUGGAACCAAUUGUGGUGCAAGUUGACAGGCUUGACCUAGUCUUGGAGGAAAAUGAUGACGCAGAUGCAUCUCUCAGUUCGAGCAGUGCUGUGCCCUCCUCCGGUCCUGCGAAGGGCAGUGGGUAUGGAUUUGCUGAUAAGAUUGCAGAUGGAAUGACAUUACAAGUGCAGACUGUAAAUCUCUUACUUGAAAUUCAUGGUAGAGGUCGAAGGAAAGGAGGAGCAACUUGGGCUUCACCCAUGGCUUCCAUCACUGUCCGCAACCUUCUUCUCUAUACAACAAAUGAAAACUGGGAGGUUGUAAAUCUCAAGGAAGCUAGGGACUUUUCAAAUGACAAGAAGUUCAUUUAUGUGUUCAGAAAACUUGAGUGGGAACAUUUGUCUAUUGAUCUCUUACCACAUCCGGAUAUGUUCUCGGACCCAAGCUUUUCAAAGCCUGAUGAAGGAUCUAAUAGAAAAGAUGAAGAUGGUGCUAAGAGAGCAUUCUUUGGCGGGGAGAGAUUCAUUGAGGGAAUAUCGGGGGAAGCCUAUAUUACUAUUCAAAGGACAGAGCUAAAUAGCCCUGUGGGGCUUGAAGUGCAAUUGCAUGUUUCAGAAGUUGUUUGCCCAGCUCUGAGUGAACCAGGUUUACGAGCUCUUCUCCGUUUCUUUACUGGAGUGUACGUUUGUUUAAAUAGAGGCGAUGUGAAUCCACUUGCACAGAAUCGGUCUGUAGAAGCAGCUGGUCGUUCUUUAGUCUCUAUAAUUGUGGACCAUAUAUUUCUCUGUAUAAGGGAUUCUGAAUUCCAGCUAGAACUUCUGAUGCAAUCACUAUCCUUCUCUCGGGCAAGUGUUUCCGAUGGAGCAACUGCAAAGUACUUGACCCAGGUUAUGGUUGGUGGGUUUUUCUUGAGGGAUACGUUUUCACGUCCUCCAUGUACCUUAGUACAGCCUUCAAUGCAAGAUGCUUCAGUAGAGUUACAUGACCCGGACUUUGCCAAGGACUUCUGUCCUCCAAUAUAUCCUUUGGGGGAUCAUAAGUGGCGAGUAAAUUGUCAUGUGCCCCUGAUCGGUCUCCAUUCUCUCCAGUUAUUGCCGUCCCCAAACCCCCCAACAUUCGCAACCAAAACUGUUAUUGAUUGUCAGCCCCUGAUGAUUCAUCUUCAGGAAGAAUCCUGUUUGAGGAUAUCAUCCUUUUUGGCUGAUGGAAUUGUUGUUAGUUCUUCUGAUGUACUGCCAGAUUUCUCAAUCAAUUCCCUUUCUUUUAAUCUUAAAGGUUUGGAUGUUACAGUACCACUUAAGAUAGGAACACAAGAAUGCUUGUCCAAUGAUUGCAAUAUGCCAUUUCAGAGUUCCUUUACUGGGGCAAGGCUUCAUAUAGAAGAUUUGAUAUUUUCGGAGUCACCUUCCCUGAUAUUAAAGUUACUGAACCUAGAGAAGGAUCCUGCAUGCUUCUGUCUCUGGGAAUCCCAACCAAUUGAUGCCAGCCAGAAGAAAUUAGCCACUGGAGCUUCUUUAAUUAGUUUGUCACUAGAAACUGGCCAUAAAACAACUAGGAGCAACAGUUCUUGUGAGGACUUAUGGAGAUGUGUUGAGAUGAAAGAUCUAUGCCUCGAGGUAGCAAUGGUGACUGCGGACGGUAGCCCUCUAACAAAUGUCCCACCUCCUGGAGGUGUUGUUAGAUUUGGGAUUUCUUUCCAACAAUAUGUUUCUAAUAGUUCUGUGGAGCAACUAUUCUUUGUUCUAGAUGUCUUUGCGUAUUUCGGCAGGGUCAGUGAACAGAUAGCUGUAGUGGGGAAAAACAAAAAGGAAAUAAAUGAUGAGGCUUUAGGUGGAAAUAUUAUGGAAAAGGCUCCUGGUGAUACUGCUGCAACUCUAGCUGUGAAGGAUCUGCAACUAAAAUUUUUGGAAUCUUCUUCUUCUGAUACCAAGGGCAUACCUCUAGUUCGUUUUAUGGGCGAUGGUUUAUCUGUCCAAGUCAGCCAUAGAACUUUGGGUGGUGCGCUUGCAAUAUCAUCUUCUGUCCGGUGGGAGAGAGUUGAGGUGGACUGCACUGAUACCGUGAAUGACUUCAACCAUGAGAAUGAUUCCGACUCAAAUGUUCUGAGAAGUAGUAAUGUUGAUCAAAGAGAAUAUGGUCAAUUAAGACCUGUGUUUUGGAUACAUAAUAGCAGGACAAAUGGAUCAAACCAUAAUUCUUCUGUGACACCAUUCAUAGAUGUGUCCACCGUCCAUGUAAUUCCAUAUAGUGCACAAGAUAUUGAGUGCCAUAGUUUAAAUGUGUCGGCUUGUAUUUCUGGUGUCCGCCUUGGUGGGGGAAUGAAUUAUACUGAAUCAUUGCUUCAUAGGUUCGGGAUUCUUGGUCCUGAUGGUGGGCCGGGAGAGGAUCUUACUAAAGGAUUAGAGCAAUUAUCUAAGGGACCAUUAUGGAAGCUUUUCAAAACCUCUCCACAAAUUAUGGAUGGGAUUCGAGAGAAUGGAAGUUCAGAAGAUGGAAAGGAUCACACCCUCUUGCAUGUCGGGCCACCUGAUGAUGUGGAUAUGUCUAUUGAAUUAAAAGAUUGGUUAUUUGCUCUUGAAGAUGCUCAGAAUAUGCCAGGUAGUUUCCUUGAUUCAGAAGAAUGUCAUAGAGAAGAGAGGAGCUGGCACACGACAUUCCGGAGCAUACAUGUCAAAGCGAAAAGCAGCCCAAAGCUUGCAACAGCCGACAAUAAUCAAACCAGUGAAAAACAGAAGCAUUCUAUUGACUUGAUUACUGUUGGCUUGGAUGGAUUACAAAUCUUAAAGCCGACCUCGCCCCAGGUAAUGCUAUCGAAUGGCAUUUCAGAGAAAGAGAUCUCACCAAAUGGUUCCAAAAGCGAAAAGCAAUCUGUUGGCAAGCAUCAAGGUGUCAACAUGGCAGUUGACAUUGUAGCUUCUGAUGAAGACGAUGGUAGUGAUGCAAUGGCCAAGUGGGUUGUUGAAAAUCUCAAGUUUUCAGUGACUGAGCCGAUUGAGGCUGUAGUAAAGAAGGAUGAGCUACAAUAUCUGGCUUAUUUGUGCAAGGCUGAGGUCGAAUCUCUCGGCAGAAUAACUGCUGGAGUCUUGCGGAUCCUCAAAUUAGAGAGCUCUGUCGGCUCAGCAGCAAUCCACCAACUGAGCAACUUAGGAAGCGAAGGCAUUGACCGGAUUUUCACCCCGGAAAAGCUAAGCAGGGGCAGCAGUGCCAGCUCUCUGAGCCACUUGCCAUCCGGCAAUGCGGACAGACGAAGUUGGAACUCUGGCACAGAAUCAACAGUGGCUUCUCUAGAGGCAGCCAUUGUCGAAUCACAGAAAAGGUGUGCUGCUCUUGCAGAAUUGAGCAAUUGUAAAUCGGAAUCAGAAUCAGAAUCAGAUUCAUCAUCCCGGAAAUACCUCAACAAUGUGAAAGAGUUGAAUGAGAAGCUCGACGGCAUGAAGAAAUUGUUGGAACAGCUGAAAAGUGAGAUUUUGAAGUAAACAACAGACAACAAACACAGGUAACAGUUUUUCUCCAAGUUCAUCUCUGCAAUUCUUUUUGUAUUCAAGGUGUUUAUAUAUAUAUAUAUAUAGAGAGAGAGAGAGAGAGAGAGAGAGGGAGGGAGUUUUUAGUUGCAAUUUUGUAGCAUUGUAAAGUGUGGUUGAGGUUUAUUAUGGUGAUUCUAGAUUGAUGUGGUAUUGUAUUGUAUUUGUUUUUGUAUUUGUGUAGCAAGGAUGGCAAUGUCAUGAGCGCCUCUCUCUCUCUUUGUACAAUUUUGGUAGAAAGGAAAUGAUUAAUUCAGAUCGUGCUUAUUUUACCCGCUCUAAA